GCGCCGGGCCGGGCGUGCUCGCAGUUGCAGCGGCGGCCGCGGGCGAGCGGACCGCGAGGUGAGGAAGCCAAGACUCCAAGACAGCAACCACUUGCCUUGGGUCACAAAGGAGGCAGAGACAGAACUUAAACCCAGAUCUGGAGACGACAGGACAAUGGCUACCUGGAACGAAAAGACAGUCACUCGCAGGGCCAAGGUGGCUCCCGCGGAGAGGAUGAGCAAGUUCCUGAAGCACUUCACCGUCGUCGGCGAUGACUACCAUGCCUGGAACGUCAACUACAAGAAAUGGGAGAAUGAAGAGGAGGAAGAGGAAGAGGAAGAGCAGCCGUCACAAAACCCCAACUCCGGCGAGGAGGGCAGAGCUGCUGAUCCAAACACCGCCCCCGCCUCCCCGCCCAAGCGCCCCCUGGACUUCAAGGCCACGUUGAGGAAGCUCUUCAGCUCCCACAGGUUUCAGGUCAUCAUCAUUUGCCUGGUCGUUCUGGACGCCCUCCUGGUGCUGGCCGAGCUCAUCCUGGACCUGAAGAUCAUCCAGCCCGACAAGAAUAACUACGCCGCCAGGGUGUUCCACUACCUGAGCAUCGCCAUCUUGACCUUCUUCAUGAUGGAGAUUGCCUCUAAAAUAUUUGUUUUCCACCUGGAGUUCUUCCACCACAAGUUUGAAAUCCUGGAUUCCAUCGUCGUCGUGGUUUCGUUCGUCCUCGACAUCGUCCUCGUGUUCCAGGAGCACGAGUUCGAGGCUCUGGGCCUGCUCAUCCUGCUCCGGCUGUGGCGCGUGGCCCGGAUCGUCAACGGGAUAAUUAUCUCUGUUAAGACACGUUCCGAACGGCAACUCCUAAGGUUAAAACAGAUGAAUAUACAACUGGCCGCCAAGAUCCAACACCUGGAGUUCAGCUGCUCCGAGAAGGAACAGGAGAUUGAAAGACUUAACAAGCUGUUGCGACAGCAUGGACUGCUCGGUGAGGCGAACUAGAGGCGGCCCUGCCCCACUCCACGGAGAAGACCCCACCUCACGGGCUUGCACCUGUGAACGAGGAUGACAGCCGCCCCUCCUGGGGCCGUUGCAGGACAGGUUUGGUUUGCUGCCGUUGCCUGCCUCCCACCCAGCGUGGACUCUGGAGGGACACAGUCUUUGGGAGGGCCCUCUCUCUUCCUUGGUGUGGCCGAGGACUUCCUUUCCCGUUCCCACCUGCACGGUGUCACAAAUGUAUCAUAGGCUGUUUUCUCAUGUUGAACUUUAACUCUUGCUUGGAAAUGUACCACAAAGCUGGACAGUUACUAGUUGUAUAUACAAUCUAAUCUCGUCAAAUGUACAGCUUCCACAGCUUGCAUAGGUACCGAGGCAUCCUUUCAUAGGAGUACUCUGAAAGGGAAAAGGGAAAAAGGAAGAUAGCUUUGCUACCAGCCCAUUCUAGAAAAGCCUUUUCUAUUUCUUAGCUGUUCCAAAUGGCUUGUCUUACAGUGGUUCCCCCCAGGGAGACUGUUCUCAGAUACCCAGCCCCCCCUCCUCUGCAGCAUUCAGCUUCCAGGUGGCUCCACCAAAUCCUGCCGCCUGGCAACAUUUUUCUCAAUUACUGUACAAUUAAUGUAUAAAAUAAACUCUCCUCCCGCCCCGGGCCCUCCUACUAUAUUCUGUGCAGCUUCAACUGCUUGGAACGGCUCUGUGGCAUCCCGUACCAGCCCACCAGUUGGAGAGCUAGCUAGCGACAGUGCCCGGUACAGAAAUGGCAAUUGGACCCAAGACUACACUGUAAUUAGUGUGACAUUUCGGGAAAGAUCCCCUUUUGAGGCCUUAUAUUACUCACUUGCAUAAGGAGUUUAUACAGUAUUUCAGUAUUUUUAGUACUCAUUUCAGUGGGACCUGAUAAGGAAAGAAACCCUGAACCCAAAACAGUGAGUAUUUUAACGAUAACUCACUUAACGCGGGGGAUGAGUAAACUGGAUAAAGCCUCAAUGCCCGCGCUACUUCAAAGUCUGCUCUCUCUGCUGUCUCCCCAAAGGUGCAGUUUGGCUUCCACAUACAACCAAGGUCAGAUGGUGCCCCAUGCUGAGGUCAAACCAAGUAGAAUAAAAUUUCCAGAAGGAGGGAAAUGAGUGGAGAGGGCAGGUGUGCUGUUUUGGGGGCAACUUCAAGGGUUAGCAGCAUAACAACAUGGGCUGUUUCCGAGGGCCCCACACCCACUAUUCUAGAGGUGUGGCCUAGUUUCCUUAAUUAACAACUUACAUCAAACAAACGGGAAGAAGAAAUUGAAAGGCAGCUUGGCAUUGAUGGUUGGCCGAGCUCUGAAGCCUGCCUCUGCAGGUGCAGACACAUCCACAAAAGUAACCGCAGUGGAAAUGAGAACCGUCCUUUCGUUUCCUGGGCUGGUCUGUAAAGAAAAAGUCAGACCAGUGCAAGCCCUGCUGCCCUGCGAGUUCCCGGGGUCACAGAGACGGGGCAUUUCUUAUUCCCUUCCCCUCCGAUGGCCAUCAGUCAGCUCAUGAGUCUGAGAGGUACGGGGCGGGCUCAUCAGCCAUUUACGUGGGUGGGAGAGAUCACUUUUACCCAGGCUGUCCUCACUAACACAUCAGCAUCAAUCUCAACUCGAUCUUCCCGAGAAGUUGAAGGAGCAAACCUCAGCGAGAAUACUACUGUGAAUAAAUCCAUCGUCAGUGGAGGUUACUCCUCUAAGAAAGGUGAUGGCUACACUGUUUUAGGAAUCCAGAUUGUUUCUAUUUUAAUGAUAACCCUCCCCACAAAGUAAUAAACUUUACUAUCACACUUGC